AUGCUUGUGGUUCGAAAGGCUGUUGGCAAAGAUGGCAGAAGCUACUUGGGCCUCCGUCCGAUUACCUUGGUGCCGAUUCAGAGAAGCCUCGUCGACGCAUCUUUGCUCUCGAACGCAGAACUCUCCUACCUCAACGCAUAUCACGAACGAGUCGCAGACGAACUGUUCCCGAUCCUGUCCGAGCUUGGCGAUACAGAGGACCAUUCCCGCUUUCUAGCACGUGCGGCAGCUGUAAAUAGUGCCCGCAACAAGCCAGCAUAUGCCACGGCCACAGCUGGUAGCCGCUUCGCAUGGCGCCAGGCACCAUGUGGUCAUGUGGAGCCCUUCCCGGAUCCAUUCACUGAAGCCGCGGUUCCGGCGAGCACUCUGAACAUCUGCGAUGAUGUGCACUUCGGGGCCGCGGAAGGGGGGCAGCUGACUGAUGCAAGCACCAUCCACUUCGGCACAGUUUUUCUACAGGGGAAACGUGGACUGGCAGAUGGUGAUAUGUUGCAGGCAGAAAAGCAUGCAGCCAUGGAAGAGGCUGAAGGAUUCCAUGAAGAUGUGACAGGAGUCACAUUCCAGGCACGCAGCAACAUGGAAUUGUCCGACCAGUUGGGAUCAGUCCUCUGCGUUAUUUCUGCGAAGGAAUGUAGGUUGGUAGUUCAGCGCGAACGACACCGGUUUGCCAAAAAACGUGGCCACUGCAGAGUGAUCUUGGGGCUGAUGUCGCUUCCACCAACCCGCCACGACCCAGAAUCUGAAGAUUCAAGCUGGAUCUGCCAGCGGAAGCAGAGGAGAAAGGGGAUGAAGAAGUUGGGGCAGGGUGGACUGGCAGGGUUUCACAAAGACGUGCAGGGUGCAGAGGGAGAUUUGAGCCUGGCUCGAGAUGAACUGUCAUGCUUCCGGGUUUUCGUAGAAGUCGUUGUUGGAUCCCUGCUAGCGCUGUGGGGCGGCAUUGGGGAUUUCAAGCCAAUUCGAGCAAGCGAUCCCAAGAAGCCACGAUGGGAGUCCCUUCAUGCGCGUCCAGACUUUCAUAGCUACAGGACACGCGCCAAGUUCAUGAGGUCAUUGCUGACAAACAUCGACUCACCGCCGUGA